GGGUAUUUAAGCGUGCAUUGUUCCUGGCUACCCGGGAUGUAUUUGGACCAACAUAUUCACAGAUAUCAUCGGAAAUAAAGUGCAAUUGCAAUGGCCGUCCCAGACGUCGAUAUCGCCCCCGCUGAGGGCAUCCCGUACUUCACACCCGCGCAGUCCCCCGCCGCAGGAACGGCCGCGAACCCGCAGACCAGCGGGAAUGCUAUUCCGAAGCUGUAUACGCCGCUGACGGUGCGUGGGGUGACGUUUCAGAAUAGACUCGGUGUAUGUCCCUGCCUUAUCAGUAUGGAUACGCGGAUACGUACCUCCUGAAUAACUGGCAGAGACUAACUAGUCGACUAGCUCGCCCCCCUGUGCCAAUACUCCGCCGAAGAUGGGCAUAUGACGGACUACCACAUUGCGCACUUGGGCGGAAUUGCCCAGCGCGGCCCCGGACUUAUGAUGGUUGAAGCCACGGCCGUUACCCCGGAAGGGCGGAUUACGCCGCAGGACGUGGGUCUGUGGAAGGAUAGCCAGAUUGCGCCGAUGAAGCGGGUGAUUGACUUUGUGCACUCUCAGAACCAGAAGAUCGGGGUGCAGAUUGCGCAUGCUGGUCGGAAGGCGUCGACGAUUGCGCCCUGGAUGAUGAGCCAGGGUGUGAUUGCCACGGAGAAGGUUGGGGGGUGGCCUAAUGGUGUUGUGGGGCCUAGUGAUGUGCCCUUCCAUGAGAGUUUCCCUGUUCCCAAGGCUAUGAGUAAGGAGGACAUUGAGGGGUUUAAGAAGAGUUGGGUGGAUGCCGUGAAGAGGGCUGUUAAGGCCGGGGCGGACUUUAUCGAGAUCCAUAAUGCGCAUGGGUAUCUGUUGAGUUCGUUCUUGUCGCCGAGUGCGAAUACCCGUGAUGACCAGUAUGGCGGGUCCUUUGAGAACAGGAUUCGGCUGUCGCUGGAGAUUGCGCAGGCGACGCGCGAUGCUGUCGGGCCUGAUGUCCCUGUUUUCCUGCGUGUGUCGGCGACGGAUUGGCUUGAGGAGAAUCUGCCCGAGCAGAGCUGGAAGCUGGCGGACUCGGUGAAGUUUGCGCAGGCGCUUGCGGAGCAGGGCGCUGUCGAUCUUGUUGAUGUUUCCUCUGGUGGUGUGCAUGCUGAGCAGAAGGUGACGUCUGGGCCGGCGUUCCAGGCUCCUUUCGCUAUUGAGAUUAAGAAGGCUGUUGGAGAUAAGCUUCUUGUGGCUACUGUUGGUGCUAUCACGAAUGGCAGACAGGCGAACCAGCUGCUUGAACAGGAUGGACUGGAUGUUGCGCUUGUUGGGCGUGGAUUCCAGAAGGACCCUGGUCUUGCUUGGACAUUCGCGCAGCAUGUUGAUACUGAGAUCUCCAUGGCCAGUCAGAUCCGGUGGGGAUUCACGAAGCGCGGAGGGACGCCUUAUAUUGAUCCUAAGGCUUAUAAGCAGUCUAUCUUUGAGUAGACUAGCCGAUUGAUGUUUAUGAUAGACAUAUAACGAUUGCAUCUGCAUUGAAAUGAAUUCUAUAUGAGG